UGUGGCCAGCCCGCUUGUUGUCUUUUUCCUGCCAAUGGUCCUCAUGCUGAACCCCGAGGACCCCAAUGUGUGCAGCCACUGGGAAAGCUACGCCGUGACGGUUCAGGAGUCCUACGCUCACCCCUUCGACCAGAUCUACUACACGAGAUGCACGGAUAUCCUCAACUGGUUCAAGUGCACGCGGCACCGGAUCAGCUAUAAGACAGCGUAUCGGCGCGGGCUUCGGACCAUGUACCGGCGGCGGUCCCAGUGCUGCCCCGGCUACUACGAGAAUGGAGACUUCUGCAUUCCCCUGUGCACGGAAGAGUGCGUGCAUGGCCGCUGCGUCUCGCCGGACACCUGCCUCUGCGAGCCAGGCUGGGGAGGCCCCGACUGCUCCAGCGGCUGCGACAGCGACCACUGGGGUCCCCACUGCAGCAACCGGUGCCAGUGUCAGAACGGCGCCCUGUGCAACCCCAUCACCGGCGCCUGCGUGUGCGCCGCCGGCUUCCGAGGCUGGCGCUGCGAGGAGCUGUGCGCGCCGGGCACCCACGGCAAGGGCUGCCAGCUGCCGUGCCAGUGCCGCCACGGCGCGGGCUGCGACCCGCGCACCGGCGAGUGCCUCUGCGCUCCGGGUUACACCGGCGUCUACUGUGAGGAGCUGUGCCCCCCUGGAAGCCACGGAGCUCACUGUGAGCUGCGCUGCCCCUGCCAGAACGGGGGCACCUGUCACCACAUCACCGGCGAGUGUGCCUGCCCUCCAGGCUGGACGGGAGCAGUGUGCGCGCAGCCCUGCCCACCAGGCACCUUUGGCCAGAACUGCAGCCAGGACUGUCCUUGCCACCACGGUGGGCAGUGUGACCACGUGACCGGGCAGUGCCACUGCACAGCCGGGUACAUGGGAGAGAGGUGCCAGGAAGAAUGUCCCUUUGGGACCUUCGGCUUCCAGUGUUCGCAGAGCUGCGACUGUCGCAACGGAGGCCAGUGUUCGCCCACCACGGGCGCCUGCGAGUGUGAGCUGGGCUACAAGGGUCCACGCUGCCAGGAGCGGCUGUGUCCCGAGGGCCUGCACGGCCCAGGCUGCGCCUUGCCCUGCCCCUGUCAUCCAGACAACACCAUCAGCUGCCACCCGGUAACCGGAGCCUGUACCUGCCAGCCAGGCUGGUCUGGCCACCACUGUAACGAGUCCUGCCCGGCUGGCUACUUCGGCGAUGGCUGCCAGCUGCCUUGCACCUGUCAGAACGGCGCCGAUUGCCACAGUGUCACUGGAGGCUGCACGUGUGCCCCCGGCUUCAUGGGAGAGGUCUGUGCGGUCCCCUGUGCAGCUGGCACUUAUGGCCCCAACUGCUCAUCGGUCUGUAGCUGUAACAAUGGUGGCAUCUGCUCCCCUGUGGAUGGCUCCUGCACUUGCAAGGAAGGGUGGCAGGGCCUGGACUGUUCGCUGCCCUGUCCCAGCGGGACGUGGGGCCUGAACUGCAACGAGAGCUGCACCUGUGCCCACGGGGCGUCCUGUAGCCCCACCGAUGGCUCCUGUGCCUGCACCCCAGGCUGGCUGGGGGAGACCUGUGAGCUGCCCUGCCCGGACGGCACAUUUGGGCUGAACUGCACUGAACGCUGCGACUGCAGCCAUGCCGACGGCUGUGACCCUGUCACAGGCCACUGCUGCUGCCUGGCGGGAUGGACAGGCGUCCACUGCGACAGCACAUGCCCCCCGGGGCGCUGGGGCCCCAACUGCUCCAUCUCCUGCAGCUGCGAGAAUGGCGGCUCCUGCUCUCCCGAGGACGGGAGCUGCGAGUGCGCCCCUGGCUUCCGAGGACCCUUAUGUCAGAGAAUCUGUUCCCCCGGAUUCUAUGGCCAUGACUGCGCCCAGCCUUGCCCCCUGUGCGUGCACAGCAGCGGGCCUUGCCACCACAUCAGCGGCGCCUGCGAAUGCCUCCCGGGCUUCUCUGGAGCCCUCUGCAAUCAAGUGUGUGCCGGAGGGCACUUUGGGCAGGACUGUGCCCAGCUCUGUUCCUGUGCCAACAACGGGACCUGCAGCCCCAUCGAUGGCUCCUGCCAGUGCUUCCCUGGAUGGAUUGGCAAGGACUGCUCGCAGGCAUGCCCCCCCGGGUUCUGGGGCUCUGCCUGUUUCCACACGUGCAGCUGUCACAACGGAGCCACCUGCAGCGCUGAGGAUGGGACCUGCCACUGCACACCGGGCUGGACGGGCCUCUUCUGCACCCAGCGCUGUCCAGCAGCGUUUUUUGGGAAGGACUGUGGGCGCGUGUGUCAGUGUCAGAAUGGCGCCAGCUGUGACCACAUCAGCGGCAAGUGCACCUGCCGGACAGGCUUCACCGGGCGCCACUGUGAACAGAGAUGUGCCCCAGGAACUUUUGGCUACGGGUGUCAGCAGCUGUGUGAGUGCAUGAACAAUGCCACCUGUGACCACGUGACUGGCACUUGUUACUGCAGCCCUGGAUUCAAGGGCAUCAGGUGUGACCAAGCUGCCCUCAUGAUGGAGGAGCUGAAUCCAUACACCAAGAUCAGCCCGGCUCUGGGCACGGAGCGGCACUCGGUAGGUGCCGUCACGGGCAUCGUGCUGCUCCUGUUCCUCAUCGUGGUGCUCCUGGGCCUGUUCGCCUGGCGCCGGAGGCGACAGAAAGAGAAGGGCCGGGACCUGGCUCCCCGCGUCUCCUACACUCCUGCCAUGAGGAUGACCAGCACCGACUACUCCCUGUCAGAUUUGUCUCAAAGUAGCAGCCAUGCCCAGUGCUUUUCCAAUGCCAGCUACCACUCACUGGCGUGCGGGGGGCCUGCCACCAGCCAGGCCAGCACUCUGGACAGGAACAGCCCCACCAAGCUGAGUAACAAGUCCCUUGACAGAGACACGGCAGGCUGGACCCCCUACAGCUUUGUGAACGUGUUAGACUCCCAUUUCCAGAUCAGUGCCCUGGAGGCCAGGUACCCGCCCGAGGACUUCUACAUUGAACUUAGACACCUCAGCCGCCCCGCUGAGCCACACUCACCAGGUGCUUGUGGAAUGGACAGACGUCAGAACACAUACGUUAUGGACAAAGGCUUCAAAGAUUACAUGAAGGACUCCGUGUGCAGUUCUAGCACUUGCUCCUUGAAUAGCAGUGAAAACCCUUAUGCCACAAUUAAGGACCCACCCAUCCUCACCUGCAAGCUUCCAGAAAGCAGCUAUGUAGAAAUGAAGUCACCUGUGCACAGGGGGUCUCCGUACACAGAUGGGCCAUCCUUGUCGACAUCUAAUAAAAAUAUAUAUGACAUUGAGCCCACAAUCAGUGUGGUCCAAGAAGGCCUCGGUCAUAACUCCAGCUAUGUCCAGAAUCCAUACGACCUACCUAAGAACUGCCAUAUUCCUGGUCAUUAUGACCUCCUCCCAGUAAGACAGAGCCCUGCCAAUGGGCCCUCCCAGGACAAGCAAUCAUGAGAGGGAUGAGCUGCUCUCUUGCAGUGUGCUCUGCUCAACUUUCUCUGACCCACGAAAGAAGACAAUCCCUUGACUUGAAAUAAUGACGCAGAUUGACUCCAGCUGCAGGUUAGCUAUCACGUGCACCUGGAACAAAAGAAGAGCUUUCAAGUGGGACUGGGGUGACGGCUCAACGACGUAUGUCCACAAGGGCAAAUCCUCUCACCCAUCACCCACCUGGCCCCAAAUGCCCUGGAUUUGAUGACUUUCUUAAAGCAUAUAAGAUACCGCUGCUCAUCAACAUCAGCUAAAUAUAGCUAACACAUACACACAGAUAUAUAUAUAUAUUUAAUAUUCGGAAACAUGAUGCUUAUAAAGCAUGUAUAUUAGAGGUUUGGGAGACCUUUCUAGAAGAAAAAGGGUAUGGGGGAGGAGACAGAAUCAUUUUUAAAGCACCUGAACUGUGUAUGUGCUUUUGGUUUGUGAACAUUAAUACCUGUUUCACUGUAGUUGGUUUAGAGCCAACAAGUACAUAGCCAUGAACUCUUCUAGUAUUGAUCCUACACUACCUGUAUAUCAAAUUACAAUGGCCAAGAUCAGAAAUUAAGGUUACAGUGUUGCUAUCUUCCAUUUUAAAAACAAGGUUUUAAUAAUACAGAUUUUCUUCUGCCCCAUCAGUGACAGUAAGAAAAAUGAAAGGCCAGGGUGGGGGGGGGGGAAGAGUAGGAACUUCAAGUGCACUGGUUUCCUCCAGUCUACAGUGAUUUCUAGUCCAGCACUACCAAACUUCGCAUUUACAGUUCCAGAAUAUUUCAAGUUUCUCCUGACCUUGUCACAUGGACUUAGUUCAUCCAACACCUGAGUCAUGAACGUGAAAUAGAGCACUGAAGUGGAAGGCAGUCAUGGGGUGGUCAGAAUUACCUCUCCAAGUUUAUUUAAGAGGCCUCCUUGCCUCAGAGAAGCACUUGUUUUCAGGCAAUUCUUCAUCAGUCUUGAGCGUGAUGUAGUAUGGGAACCUCAAUUUGACAAAUAUAGACACAGCAAGUAAGUUUAUGUUGCUUAAUGUAUAUUAUGCUUUUUGAUGGAAAUAAAUGAUCAAAGAAUGCAUUACAACCAGUUGGUAAGAUGCAAUGUCAAAAUUAUAGAAAACAGCACAUGAAAGCAUUAAGUGCUUCUACCUUAAAACCACCACCUUCUUAGCUAGCCAGAUACGUAUGUACUCCAUGGAGCUCCAGAUCCCAGUGUUCAGAUACAUCUGUGCUUUCUGUUAGGUAAACUGAGGCUCAAAGUAGUAGAGCACUAGCCUGAAGCAAAAAAGCUUAAGGGUAGUGCCCAGGCCCUGAGUUCAAGUCCCACAACCAACAAAAAUAAAGGGCAAGCCAGAGAAACUAAUGGCCACCCUGGGCUUUCUCUUUAAGAAUCCCUUCUCUCAUUAAAAAUCCAGGCAGUGAACAACCACCACCGCCACUUUUUAAGUCUAUAGAACAUGAACUAAAUGGGUGCAAAGCUGGAAUACUGCUUUAGGAAGUGGGGGAGUUCUAAAACCCUUGAUACAAAUUGGGUCGACCAUGGAACUCCACUAGUUCAGGUAAUAAUCAGCAAAAGCAAGAAAAUAAAUGAGCAAUUCCUCACCCUGCUCCCACACUUUUCACUCAAGGCAUACGGCAACGUUAGUUUUAGAGGAAACUAUAUAAUGCUUACAUGAAUGCUGCAUGUGUGCAUGGAAGCGAGUGGUCAGCAAUAGUAAAUUUACUUUCCCAAAAGAAAGCCUUAUUAAAAUAUAAAUAUUAGAAAAGUGCUUUAUAGACCCAAGUAAAAUGCUUCUCAUCCAUAUGUGGAAAUAAUCUAGAAUAAGAGACUUACCUCAGUAUUUCAGGGCUGCAGUGAAAACAGGGAUCAGCUAGGAGAAAGGCCAUCUCUAAUCCCAGGUCUUCUCUUCUUCCCUUACCCUGCAUGAACAAAACUGCUGCCUGGCGAACUAUAAACACUCAGAAUCACUCACGUUUCACCUCUUUUGGCACCUGCCUUCAAGCAAAAGAUAUCCAGAAGCUAGAGGUAGAAAAGCCAGAGUACUGUGUGUCUUUAAGAUUUCACAGCUCUUUAUCCCCUGCCAUUGCAUGAAAAAGGGGAGAAGCAGAGCGAUAAGGAGCUCUAACAUCCUUCAGCUCUAGCGUUCCAAGAGUUUCAAAGUCAUGUUACAAUUCAAUUAGGCAACAAAGGACAGGAAAGGCAGCAGGUGUGGUUACUGCAUGGCUGCCUUCACUUUACCUAUGAGUUAGUGGUAAGAAGACGUUUCUAUUUUACAGAACAAUGGUUGGAAACUUGUGUUUAGCAGUCACAAAGAGGGUGGGGUGGUAGUCAGCCUAAACUUGUGCACUGUGCUUUUUAUUGGUGAUUUGGAAAGAUGUAUUCAAUUAUUUUUCAGAAAUUUUCAACCAAGUCAAUCAAUAUGCGUACAAUUCAAACAAAUAAGGAAAACGCAAUGAUUGUACAAUAGCAUAAGAAGACUUAUGAAAUGGCAAUACUUUUUUAAAACCACAGAUUUGUAAUAUAUUUGUUCACUUGCAGAGGGAUGGUACCUGUACAAAAAUAAAAUGAAUUUCUCAAAUUUAAGAAGAAUGCCUACUGUUGUGCUGCCAACUGAAAAUGUGUCUAUAAUCUACACUUCAGGUUUAACCUGUAUUUUUGUGAUCAAAUGAAAAUUAUCCCAGUAGAGGUUUGAAAAUAAAGUGAAAAGGUUGCUUAACAAGGAAGUUUUGGGGCUAGGAAUGUGGCUUAGUGGUAGAGUGCUUGCCUACCAUGCAUGAAGCCC